UUAGGAAAAAAAUCAGAAGCAACCAAGAAGAAAAAUAUAUAUGAAAAAUUCUAGCGGUCCAAUGAAAAUCUAACAGGUGGCCUCGUUCAUCUCUGCCCAAAGUGUCUCAUGACCGUCUGAUGCCGAUCAAGAUGCCUCUCUGAUUUUCGAAAGGCCAAUGGUAUUUGUCCAGGUGGAACUCACAAGGUAUGCAGAAGUUCUCUGUUCUCUUUUUCUUUCCUCGGACCUCGACUGGAAUCAGAAAACACACAAAGUUUCACUGUUUUUUGCUUCCAAAAAUAAAAGUUUCUGCGAGAAAAUGGAACCAGAAACCAGACGCAGAAUCGAGAAAACAGUGCUCGAGAUCCUCAAAAGCGCGGACAUGGACGAGAUGACCGAGUUCAAAGUUCGAAAACUAGCUUCCGACAAACUUGGAAUCAACCUCUCCGCCCCGGACUAUAAGCGCUUCGUCCGCCAGGUCGUCGAGACCUUCCUUCAGUCCACCGAAGAACCUGGACGGGAACCGGAACCGGAACCGGAAUCGGAACCGGAACCCGAUCGGAAGAAGGCAAACACCGAAGCAGCUGAACGAGAACCGACAGAAGAGGAGGAGGAAGAGGGGGUGGAGGAGGAUCGAGGAAAGAGUAGUGGUGUUAAGGAGUACGAUGAUGACGGCGAUCUCAUUAUCUGUAGGCUAUCUGAUAGGAGAAGGGUGACAAUUCAAGAUUUCAGAGGGAAAACGCUGGUUUCAAUCAGAGAAUUCUAUAGAAAAGAUGGCAAAGAGCUUCCUUCCUCUAAAGGAAUAAGCUUGACAGCAGAACAGUGGUCAGCCUUCAAGAAGAAUGUACCCGCAAUAGAGGAAGCCAUCCAAAAGAUGGAGUCAAGGUUGAUGUGAGAACAUCAUGUUUGGGGCCGCCUAGAGCUCUGAUAUUUUGAACCUUGACUCAUGGUUUAACAAUCUGAUCUGGGUCUGACAGCUUAUUAUUCCAUCUCUGGAUGUCAGCAGAUUUUCCUGUAGAUCUGCUGCCAUGAUUUUUGGUCACUGCAGACGAACCCAUGGGAGUCAAUGUGGACUAUCUUGAAACAGUAUAUGCUUUUCGAUUUGGUAUUGUGUAUGGUAUAUUAUAUCGGAAGUUUUUUAUAUAGUAAAAAAUUAAAAAACGCAUUUUUUAUUUUUCUUUUAA